AUGCUCCAUCAGGCGCUGCCGCUCCUCAAAGCCGCUUUUGAUCGCGGCAUCAAUACGUGGGAUACGGCCAAUGUCUACUCUAAUGGCCUGUCUGAAACACUGAUUGGUCGGGCGCUGCGCAAGUAUCAAAUUCCACGAAGAAAGGUAGUUCUAAUCAGCAAAGUCGGUCGAGUGAUGGCCGACGAUGGCGGCGAGAAGGAUGUAGUGGCUUUCAUGGCUCCGCUGGCGGCUAGGAGCAAGGACCUAGUCAAUACCUACGGCCUUUCACGGAAGAGCAUCUUUCACCAAGUCCAGGAAUCGCUGACCCGGCUGGGCACGGACUACUUGGACGUGAUCAUGAUCCACCGAUAUGACCCUCAGACCCCGCCCGAGGAGACGAUGCGGGCUCUACAUGACCUGGUGACGAUGGGAAAAGUGCACUACAUUGGAGCCAGCUCCAUGUGGGCGCACGAGCUGGCCACACUCAAUUUGAUUGCCGAGCGCAAUGGUUGGCACAAGAUCGUCUGCAUGGAAAACCAUUACAAUUUGCUCUACCGCGAGGAGGAGCGCGAGAUGAACCGGUACUGCCGUCAGAAUGACAUCGCACUCCUACCAUGGGCGCCCCUGGCCUCCGGGCAUCUCGCAUGUCCGUAUGACGUCUAUGGGCAGUCACCACGCACCGCGGACGACUCCGAGAAUCCGCGCUUCAGCUACGGGAAGAGCAUUGAAGACCGGGAGAUCAUCACCCGCGUUGCCACGGUGGCCAUCCGACGGGGAUGGACGAUGACCGAGGUAGCGCUGGCCUGGCUGAACAAGCGAGUGACCGCCCCGGUGAUCGGGUUUACCAGUGUCAAACGCAUCGAGGAGGCCCUGAUGGCACGCGGGAAAAGGCUGUCUCCAGAAGAAGAGGCAUAUCUGGAGGAACCUUAUCGGGCGAAAGAAAUCGAGGGGCAUUGUUGA